UGUAACUACAAAGUUAAUUUAACUGCAGUAAUCGAAAUAAAUAAGAAAUUAAUGACGUGUUUUCGUUCAUUGCGCUUUCUUUCAUUUAGUGGUUGAUGGUAAAUACUCAUUGGAUUUUAGCGAUGUAAUUUUUUUACCUCAAUAAUAAUCAAGCAAUACAUAAUAUUAAUAUAUAAAUAAAUAUUAUCUAAAAACCUUUAUUAACUAUUAUCGGCUCACGAUGAACAAGUCAAGAUUUACUAUGUUGCUGUUGGAGCCAGGUGAAAUAUAUUUUGAGGACUAUUCAUCGAAAAUGAGUGAAGAUGAAAUGAUAAAUGAAUACUCAAAAUCUGGGCGCCUAAAGAUAUGUUCAAAAUCCUUAGUGUUUGAGCCACAUUCCAUUACUGAACCACUUAUAAAAAUGCAUCUCAAAGAGUGUCUUAAAAUUUCUUCAGUUUAUUCAAGAGCAGAUACAAAUGAUAAGAGUAAUGUUUUAAAAGUUGAAAUUAAACAAUAUUGUGAAAUGUUGGAAGAUAACAUUUUAGCACCAUAUAGGUUUAAAUAUGAAAGCAAAGUAUUUUACUUUCACUUAGACUUCCUAACCACGGAUGAAUGCUUAAAUCAUCUGCUACAACUCCAUAGAGCUUCAACAUUGCCUGCACAAGAACACAACAGUAUGAUUGCAACAAUUAUACAUUCUAGAUACAUGAGAAUGGUCUUUGAUCCUGUUAUGAUGGAUGACUACACGGAACAAAUACUUUCAGAAUAUCAAGUUGAAAAAAUUUCACCUCUUGUUAGACAUCAGGGUAAAUUAGCUCUGACACCAACUAUGCUGUAUUUUCAACCCUUUAGUAAUAUAGAAUGUAAUCCCAUUUUAAAGAUCAAGUUAAAAGAUAUGAGAAGGAUGUACAAGAGAAGAUUUUUACUAAGGCAAGUUGGUCUCGAGAUUUAUUGCACUGAAGAAAGCCCUAUAUCUCAUAUAUAUUUGACAUUUCAAAAUAGUGAAGAUAGAGACAAGGUCUGCAAUACCCUGGAUGGAUUACCGAGUGUGAACUUGGAAAGGGUACAUAUGGAGGAAAUGACACUCCAAUGGCAGAAUGGAAUUGUAUCUAACUAUGAUUACUUAUCGUACCUCAAUUGCCUUGCUGACAGAAGUAAAAAUGAUCUCACUCAAUAUCCAGUAUUUCCUUGGGUCAUUGCCGAUUAUAGUUCAGAUACAUUGGACUUAGAUAACAUUGAGACAUUCCGGGAUCUGUCCAAACCUAUGGGAGCCCUCAAUCCGAAAAGAUUGGAGAAACUGUUGGAGAGGUAUCAUGAAAUGUCCGACCCCAAGUUUAUAUAUGGAUCUCACUAUUCUGCCCCUGGCCUUGUUUUGUUCUAUUUAGUAAGAAAGUAUCCCCAUUAUAUGCUGUGCCUUCAAAAUGGGAGAUUUGAUCACCCUGAUAGAAUGUUUAAUUCUCUAUUGGAUGUAUAUAAUAAUUGUCUGCGGAACAUGUCUGAUUUUAAGGAAUUGGUGCCCGAAUUCUACGACACAAGCGCAAAGGGUGAUUUCUUAGUUAAUAUACAUGACAUUAACUUUGGAUAUAGACAUGACGGUACAAAGGUCGAUAACGUGCAGCUUCCACCCUGGGCUCGGUCUCCUGAAGACUUCGUGAACCAGCUGCGGGCUGCCUUCGAAUCAGAAUACGUUUCUAAGCACCUACAUCAAUGGAUAGAUCUUAUAUUUGGGUACAAACAAAGAGGUGAAGAGGCUGUUAAGGCGUAUAAUGUUUAUCAUCACGUUUGCUACGAGGGUUCCAUAGAUCUAGAGACCAUAUUUGACAUGAAUGAUAGACAUGCUUUCGAAGUCCAAAUAAUGGAGUUUGGUCAGGUGCCGACACAGCUCUUUACAAAGCCCCAUGUCAGAAAAAUAACACACAAGAUACCCAGGUUACUGACGAGAGAUCAUAACGGGUAUAGACUGGAAUGUGUUGAUACCAUAAAGUUACAUAAGGAGGCAGUCACCUGCGUGAUACGGAGUGGUGGUAGAGUGAUGUCAGUUGGCAAGGAUGGCAUACUGAAGGUGUACGAUAUGGUGCUGAAGAAGCAGAUACGGAGUGUGGUGCUGUGCCGGACACAGCUCAGCUCCUGUGUGAUGGUCGACGAGCAUAUUUUAGCGGCUGGAGGAUGGGAUAAUGAAAUAUACCUGUACGACGUAGAGUAUGGAAGGAUAGUGGAGAGUUUUCGGGCGCACGAUGACUCAGUGAGUUGCCUGUUGUGGUUGAAAAAAGAGCUUCUCCUAGUGUCGGGCGGCUGGGACGGAGUGGUCCGCGUGUGGAGUCUGGUCGGCAAGGUGGGACAAGCUCUGCGCGGCCUGAGAGCGGAGUUCGAUCACGACGGCAACAUAACAACUGUUGCUUCUAGGUAUCGCAAAUUCGAGCUAGAUAUUCUGGCAGGGACCAACGAUGGCGAAGUGUUCAUAUGGGAGUACAGAAGCAAGGAUCUGUUGAACAAAAUAAGGAUUCACUCGUCACCCGUGCGCGGUGUGUGUAUGUUGACCUCGGACAGGAUCGUGACGGUGUGCGGGGGCGGCGAUAUGACCGUGACGGACCUAAACGUGUUAAAUACAGUAUUUGAGAAGAAUAUGGGUGGUGAGAUAUAUUCGUUGUGUUGCGAUGGGUUUAAUGUUGUGUGGGUGGGAGACAGCGAGGGGCAACUACUGCAGUGGGAUUUGAUAGCUGUGACCAGGUUACAGCAACUGAGUGCACAUGAUGAUAUAAUACAGAGUAUAUUCUAUGACGCACCUUCGCAAACAGUGGUGACAGCAAGUGCUGACAAAUCUGUCAAAAUAUGGAGCCUCAGUGAAAUGUCGUGACCUAGAUGCACCAUUUUAGAAAUUCGUAAAUAUCUUUAUAUAAAACACAUACUUUUUAAUUCGUAGAAAAAUUUUAAGGCAUGCUAAUUUACAGAUUGUCAUUGUGUUAUGAUACGGCGAUACUAUAUUAUAAAUAAAUGUAAAAGACUUGGUGUUCGCGCAAUGUAAAUCAUCGGUGCGCUAGGUGCAAACCGAUUUGCGGCGUCACUUGUUACCAAAUAAACAAAUAAAAACAUAUAUCCACGUAGAUUGUGAACCAGACAACUGACCUGGAGGUCCCAGGUUCGAAUCUCAGUAAGUACAAACAUUUAUAUAAUGAAUAUGGAUGUUUGCUUCCGAGUCUUGGAUGUUUAUUUAUAUUAUCAUAUUAUCAUUUCAUUUUAUACACAUUUUAGCAUUAAGCACGGGGAAAAGAUGUUCAGGUAGCUAAAAUAUACAUAAAAACUGUUAUACCAUAAGUUCAAUCUUGAGAUUGUCGCCGGCAAAUGUUAAAAUUGAUAUAUGUAUAUUUUAUUAACUGCUUGAUAUUUUCGUCACACAAAAAUAACGGUCUCUGGAAUACCAUAAGUAUAAUAAGCUGUAUUACAUCGAAUAUGAUAUGAGAGUCUUAAUAGUUUUUAAAUGAAAUAUUAAUGUUCUCAAAUAAAUUCGUCCUUAGAGGCUGAAUAUGCUUUUCGACACAUGGCGGAUUGUAAGUUUUUUGAUAUGGAAGAGAUAGAGAAGCGAAUGUCCGUGAUCCUAAGUGGUCACCGCUCAUACCGUCGUCAUGCCAGAGGAGUCAUAAUAUCGUUGCUGGUGUUUAAACUCUCACUUGUUCUUUGAAUGAAGGUCAGUAAAAAUAUAGUUUAACCUCGCACUAAAUUUCCGAUCCAAUUCCGGUAUGGGAAAAUCUUAUGGGUUCACGCUACCGACAUGCUCAUGACCCGAGCACGCGUUAAAUAAAUAAUUAAAAAAAAUCAUAUAUAGUGAGAUAUUUUAUGAUGGAUGAAAUCUCGUGAGUUCGCGUCACCGAAAUGCUUAGAGCAGUAUAUCUGUAGCUAUACAGCUGACGCAUUGUGCAACAUUAGUGCUGUGUAUAUCUUAUAAGUGAAAUUAAAUGGAUUUAGUGAAAAAUUCAAUGUUGAUUGUUGAAAUAGUGUUUUGUUUGAUUAAAUAUAAUAAAAAAAAAAAGUUACAAAAAUAAAUUAAGAUAAAUAAUGUAAUUGUUUUUAAAUAUUAUGAAAUUUCAAAUUUUUAUACAAAUAUUGGCAGUAUCUAUAACUGUCAUUUUUUUAUUUUUAUAAGUUCAUAUAUUGAGCAUAAAAACACAAAAUGCAGACAGAUCCAGGUGGAGCUUCAGGCGCCAUCUUGAAAAUAGUUUUUGGCUGAUAUCUCGGAAACUGCACUUUACGGCAAAAGUUAUUGAGACCAUUAUUGUAGAGAAUAAAAUUUCGCAUCUUUUCUUUCCUCUAUUUUGUUUUGUAAAACUUACCGCUACGAUUUAUGGCCCAUUUAAUGAACGAGUUUUUCUAUCUCGGCCGAUAACUCUUAAGAUAUUGGAUUCAUAUUUUUGAGUUACAGGACAUUAAGUAAACGUUUUAAAUUUAGUGCGAGUUUAACCAAAAAAAACGGCUAUUUUAACUGGCUUAAUUAAAUAUUAUGUUUUUAAAAAAAAAUACCCAGUAAUCUUGUUUAUAUGUAUGUAUCUCGUAUCAAUGUAUUACUGAAUACGUUGAUAAGAAAAAAAAACCUUCGUCAAAGAGUUCUUCUAAAGUUUAAUAUUUUUCUAUUAUAAAAAUAUGUUCAUUAUCUAUAAAAAAUAUUGUUGUAUUCUUUACUGAGAUAAUUUAUACGUCAAGAUAGAUCCUCCUGCUAUUAGGCAACACAUGACAACAGGCCAAGCUUAUUACUUUAGUGUGCAUUCGACAAGCGUCUUACACGCGCGAUAUGUAUGUCACUUUGUUUUAGUGUGCGUGCGUUGUUGUAAAUAGAGGUUAACUGUUGUCAGCAAUUUUUUCAACGUGUUCACAGCUAUCACAUUCUAUCUAGACGUAUAAAUUAUCUAAGAUAUUACUUAAGUUAACUUUAAUUACACUUGAAUGGUGAUAGCUCACUAAUUCUUUGGCCCUAGUUGGCCAUUGUCGGCUGCGGUAAUGUUUUUUUAUGACAAUAAGGGACGAGACGAGCAGGACGUUCAGCUAAUGGUACUUGAUACGGCCUGCCCAUUAAAAAGCAGUGUCGCUCAGGAUUUUUGAAAAACCCAAAAAAUCUGGCACUACAAUUGUGCUCGUCAACUUGAGUCAUAAGAUGUUAAAUCUCACUUGCCCAGUAAUUUCACUAGCUACAGAGCCCUUCAGACCGAAAUACAGUAAUGUUUACACAUAAAUUGCUGUUUCACGCCAGAAAAAGGCGCCGUUGAGGUCCCCAUGAUCUAGUCGGCAUCCUGUGGAAAUCCUCCCAAUGCUUUCGCUUUUCUGUAGAGCCUUAUUAUUUUCGACUCUUGUAGCUCAAUGCAUUGGCUUGAUCAAGAUCCCCUCAAGAGCUCUCGAAAUGAAGACGAGGCUUUCAAAAAAUGGAGAAAUUAUUACCGAAGCCGACCAGUUUGAAGAAUUGGUGAGCUGUGAUCUGUCAAGUGUUGAUAAAUCAUUCUCUAAUUUGAAAUGCACCAAACUAGUUUGUAUAGUUAACACAUAGUCUCUAAAUUAUAUUAUAGUGAGUGUUAUGUAUCCAUUAAGUAGUUCUUUUAAAGUAUACGAGUAUUUUCAUGGAAGGGAGGACACGAUUUCACCUUCGCACGACACGCCACAAGUUAGGAUAUCAUCCUCCACAGUGCGGUUUUCAAGGAGAUUUCUUCCUCGUACCACGAAACUGUCGAAUGAGCUUCCUUGUGCGGUGUUUCCGGGACGAUACGACAUGGGUACCUUCAAGAAAAGCGCGUACACCUUCCUUAAAGGCCGGCAACGCUCUUGUGAUUCCUCUGGUGUUGAUAAUGAGAGUAUUGGUCACUCGAUGUUGUGAUGUUAGGUGAUCACCGCAGCCCACAUUCUACUGCUAUAGUCGAGAAAUCACAGAAGCGUUGCUGGCCGUUAAGGGAGGUGUACAGGGUGUAAUCGUUAACUGUGACGUAUAUCAAAAAACUAAAUAUGAUAUCGAAAGUCUUUAUCUAAUAUUUAGCUUAGUACUAAUAUUAAAGGGAGCUAUUUAUUAACCUAACAUAGUAAUAAAACCAUCUUUUAAAUGAAUUUUAUUAAUUUCUUAGUUAGUAUAAUAUUUUUAAAAGCGAAUAUUCGAACUGACGUCCUUGUUGUGCGAUACGAUGACCUUUCUAAUAAUCGUAUAAUACUAAAUGUAUAGGAGUGGAUAAUAUUGAAAAAAAAUUUGAAACUUCACUGUUUUUUGAUAUUUUUAAUAGUUACGAAAUAAUCACCUGGUCACACUUAACAGUUACAGCCUGUAUAUGAAGUAUAUUUAGUAGAAGGUUUAUCAUCGUCAUUUAAACGUUUCCAAUUAACCUUAAAGGCAAUGUUAACAGAGUAAGUACGACUGUGUGUCAAACUAGGGUGGUACUCUUUAUCCGUAGUUGUAAUGUCCGUAGAAACCAUAUAAGGGUAUUACUUAUUUACGCUCGGUUCGAGAUGUGUAAAGCAAUUGUAUCAAAUAAUGAGGAAAUCUUUUGAUAUUUAAGAUGUCUUCUCAGCCUUUUUGUGGUACUGAUGAAUUGCUGUGCUUCGCCUAAUCUAUCGCCAUAGAGCUGUUCUAGCGACUUGCGAGGUUGACGUGUCCAACUAAACCGUGUCAAAUAUAAGUUGGCGUUUCAAUGAGGGCACUUCGGGUUAUAUUAUAUAUAUUUUAACUUCUAGAAUAGUUCUACAAAGGCUAAAUGUCUCUAUAAAAUGUUGUUACUUAGUAUAGCUUCUGUAUUGAAACUGUUAAUUAUAAAUUGUGAUAAAUCAUUCGUUCAUUUUUUGGCCUCACGUAAUUUACGUUAUAAGCCGACUUUACAAUAGGAGGAGGUUCUCAAUUCGUCGGUACGUUUUUUUAUGUUUGUUGCGUCAGAACUUUCGACUGGGUCAACCGAUUUUGAUAAUUCUUUUUUUAUUGGAAACCUGGUGAUUCCCGUGUGGUCGCAUUGCAAUUUGGUCCGACCACCAAUUUGUCAGUGGAAACCAUGAGAAAAACAUAAAAGUUUUAAAUUUGCUAUAAGCAUGUAAGCCAAGGUAGGUUUGUAACUACACACAUAGUUAUAGGUGAGAUCCAAUGAAUAAUUAUCGUUACUAGAAUUAGAUUAAUUAAUUAGCCUAUUCCUGCUAGACAACCAAUGAAAAAAGGCCAGGUUUAUGACUUUAGUGUGCCUGACGCAGCUAAUUUAACUAGGACGCCGACCAGUCUCGGCGGGCGUACGGCGUGGAACUCAAUAGCGGCCGUGUAAAUGGUGUGUAUGUGUGUGUGCGUCGAUUCGGUCGCCUUAGUAGUAAAAGUACUGUAUUGUGAUAGUACGACGAACUACUGAUACGAGUAGCUAUAUGGGUGCCACUGAGAUUGAGUUCAAUCGGUACUUGAUGACCUGUGACUGAGUUGCUGAUAUAUUUUGGAUAGGACAGGAAUAGAACACGUGGUCUUAUUGUAAUUACUCUAACGACAAUCGAACAUCGUAUCUUUUUUUAUGUUUAUAGUUUAUUGUAAGAUAUUUUUAUGUCAAAUUGAUUCCAUCAUGGUAGCAUUAAAGGCCAACGUCAGUAGAGGUACUUACGUCAGCACCGUGCCUACGAAAUAAAUGAAUUAUUGACUGACUUUAUUGUGAUAAUCUGUAUGUAUUAGUAGGUAUAUUUUAAGGUAAUAAAGAUUUAUAUAGAUAUUAA